AUGGAUCUACAACAACAUAUAAAACAUUAUCUUGAUAACAGUGAAUUUGCGAAAUGGAAUCUCUUAAGACUUUUACAAUAUCUGGCGACUAUUAUUAUAUAUACAAAUGAAGAUGUAGAUGAUAUUAUUUUAGUAUUCAAAGAUCAAUUGAAACUGCUAAGUGGACUUCAAAAUCUAACAAAGUCAGCACGAAACAAGGCAAUUAAGCUUUCUGAUAACUUGGAAGCACAUCGAAAACGACCUGAAAUAAAACAAUUUUUAAUCAACCUGGAUGUUAAGUUUGCACAGGAUCAUUAUAAACAAAAUGUAAGAAAAAGUAUUCUAACAGACCAAACAACAGCAGUUGUAACAAAUAGUGAAGAAUUCGCAAAAGUAUAUCAUUUUGAAACCACAUUAGAUUGCCAGAAAAAAAUUUCCACAUCAAAAGAUGAUAUAUUGAAUCAAAAUGAAAUAAAUGGGAAUAAUAAAUAUUUAUAUGCACAUAAAAAGUUGAAAAAUCUAUCAGGUAACCCGGUUGAGAUUGGAAAUGAAGAAG